CGAUCUGUAUAAUUUUCUAUACUAUCUAAGGGUUUGAACAUACAGUAUACUUGAUCAGGGCAUUUUGAAAUGUAAGCAAUUAUGAAAUAUCGAAGGAAUAAAAUAUAUAUUUAAUACAGUUAAAUGAUCGCGAAUAUUAACGUAAUAAAUGUAUUAACGUUAUAAUAGUUUUGACAUUUAAAGAUGGGUAAAGAAGUGUUCCAGAUAAUAUUAGACAAUCAAAGUGGAGUGUUCUACCCUGGUCAACCCGUUACCGGAAGAGUAGACCUGGAAUUGUUUGAUAGUCUAAAAGUCAGGGCUAUCAACCUGCAUUUUAGGGGCUAUGCAAACGUGCAUUGGACAGAAAGGAGCGGGGGUAAAAAUAAACGAACACGACAUUACUCUAGUAAUGAGAGUUACAUGAACAAUAAAGUAUGCUUGUUUGGAAAAGAACAACAUGGUGAGGACAGCGUGAAACUAGAACCUGGUAAAUACAGUUACCCAUUCAAUUUCCAGCUUCCGCAGGGGAUACCGUCCUCAUACGAAGCCACUAUCGGCCGGGUUCGAUACUUUAUACAAUCAGAAAUUGACAUCCCAUGGGCGUUUGAUAAACAGACAAAACGAAUGUUUACAGUUGUUAAUCUACUUGAUCUGAACACAGUUCCAAACGCUAUGAGUGGUGCUUCAAAGACGGACCAGAAGACGUUAUGUUGUUUAUGUUGUGAGUCGGAUCCUAUAUCAGCCAUGGUGACCAUAGACAGGAUAGGGUAUGUACCGGGUGAGGGUAUCGUGUUUAGGUCGGAGAUAAUCAACAAAAGUGACAGAGAGAUGACAUGUAGCAAAGCUCAACUUCUUAUGACGGUUCAAUACCAUGCAACUUCGAAGACAAGAUCGGUUAACAACAUAGUUAAUGAAAUAGCGCACGGGAAAAUCGAGGGUGGAGGCACGGACAUAUGGAUGAAUGAAAAGUUACAUAUACCAGCGGUACCUCCGUCCUACCUCCAGGGUUGUAACAUCAUUGAUAUCAGAUAUUAUUUAAUGAUGAAUGUCGAUCCGUCAGGUCUGGGUUUCGAUCUUAAUGUCCCUGUGGAGGUUGUUAUAGGAAGUAUUCCCUUGGCCUCAAUAGCUCAACAGCAUGGUAUGACAGUACCUUCAGCACCAUCUCAGCCUCUUCCACCCCCUCCACCGGGCGCACCCCAGGGACUCUAUUCUGACUCUUCGUUGCCUACAAAUAUACCUCAAGCAGCAUUGGCAGAGAGUGCUUUAGGUCGUGUGAAUACAAAAGAAGAAGGGGACACUGACGAAAUCACGGGGAACACAAAUUUUGCUCCGGUGUAUACCUAUUAUCAAUGGGACAAACCCGAUCCGAACCAAACGUUCGCGGUACAGAUGAACGAGGGUGACACGGAGAACUGAAUGAUGUCCCUAUGUUAUAUAGACAUUAAAACGUUUAUGAAGUUAGUUUAUUAAGUUAAAUACGUAAAACGAGAAAGAAAUCUCUGUUACCAUAUAAAAAUUAGGAAGUGUGACGAGCAGCAUUCCGAAUGUACCGGAAAUACUGUGAGCGGGUUUUCCCUUUUCAGUGUGCAUAAUAUAUGUUUUACAUUUGUUAUUGCGACUUUUUCAUCUUUUUCGCAGUACUUUGUCAAAAAGUAUUUGACAGCAAUAGAUGAUAUUUUUAAACAAAUCUCCGUUACAUAAUAGUACUUGUUGGCACGUUUUUAUCUUUAUACGGGGUAAUAAUAAAAAUAUAUAACGAA